AUGCGCACCACCACGCACGCCGCCGCCUCGACGCGCGGUGCGCGUCGCCCAUCGACGAGAACGUGCGAGAAACACGCCCCAAAGGCUUCGUCGUCCCGCUCGAGGAAUCUGUCCUCGCCCGGGCGUCGCGCGAUCGCUCGCGCGUCGAUGUGGAGCGACGACUCCGCGACCGAAGACGUUCUGGGCGUCGUCAUCGUCGAUCACGGCUCGCGAAGGAAGGAAUCGAACGCACAGUUGGAGGUUUUCGUCGAGCAGUACGCGCGCGUGACCGGGCGGGACAUCGUCGAGGCGGCGCACAUGGAAUUGGCGUCGCCCUCGAUCGCGGAUGCGUUUGGUAGAUGCGUGGAUCGAGGAGCUAAUGUAAUCGUCGUGGCACCUUUCUUUUUGUCGCCGGGACGGCACUGGCAGGAGGAUAUUCCUCAGCUUGUGAAGGAGGCAGCGGCAGCGCACUCAGGCGUGCGACACUUGGUGUCAGCACCAAUCGGAUUGCACCCUCUCAUGGUCGAAGUCAUAGAUUCAAGAAUGCGACACUGUUUAGCGCGGGCGAAGGGAGAGGUCGACGCGUGCGACGUGUGCGCGGGCUCGAAAUUUGGGUGCCAGAUGUUGUGA